AUGGACGCCGGGACGGAUGCGGAUGCGGACGGAUGGAGCGACUUCGGGCAGAAGGUCGACCUCACCGCGCGCCUCAGGGAGAUCCUCUUGAACUACCCGGAGGGGACGUCCAUACUCAAGGAGCUCGUCCAGAACGCGGACGACGCGGGCGCGACGGUCGUUAAAGUAUGCCUCGACGCGCGGUCGCACGGCACGUCCACGCUCGUCUCCCCCGCGCUCGCGCCGUUCCAGGGCCCCGCUCUGCUCGUGCACAACGACAGCGUCUUCGCGGAGGCGGACUUCGUCUCCAUCUCGCGCGUCGGCGACAGCGUGAAGCGAACGCAAGUGGGCAAGACGGGGCGGUUCGGCGUCGGGUUCAACAGCGUGUAUCACCUCACGGACGUCCCGUCGUUCGUGUCGGGGCGGCACGUCGUCUUCUUCGAUCCGCACGCGUGCCACCUCCCCAACGCGGACGCGGCGAACCCGGGGAAACGCGUCGACUUCGUCGGCGGCGGCGGCGACGUCACGCGGACGCACGCGGAUCAGUUCGCGCCGUUCAUCGCGUUCGGGUGCGACGCGCGGACGGAGUAUCGAGGGACGACGUUUCGGUUCCCGUUGCGGACCGCGAAGCAGGCCGCGGUGUCGAAGCUUUCCAAGGCGUCGUACGACGUCGCGAGCGUGCGGAAGCUUCUCGCGGACUUCGCGGGGGAAAAGACGCUAGACCUGCUGUAUUUGAAAAGUGUGGAACGGAUCGACGUGUUAGAGUGGCGCCCGGGCGCGAUGGAGCCCGAAGUCAUCGCGUCCACGCGCGUGAUGAACGCGAGCGACGAGUUGCGGAGACAUCGCGCGGCGUUCAGUCGCGCGUCCGCGGCGAUGGCGGCGGGCGGCGCGGUGGAGCCGCCGUCGACGUUUACGCUCGAGUUCACGUCGACGGGCGUCGGCGCGAAGCGCGGCGAGGACGUCCGCACGUUCUUCGUGUCGCAAGCGUGCGGCGUAGACUUAAAACCGCUCGUGAAGAGCGGGCGGGAGAAGUUCGGGAUGAAACUCGUGCCGUGGGCCGCCGUCGCCGCGGAGCUCACCCCUCGCGAAGAAGAAGAAGAAGACGAAGAAGAAGAAGAAAACGGCGGCGAUCGAAAGCACGCCGUCGCCGUCGCCGACGGCCGCGCGUUCACGUUCCUCCCGCUCCCGGUGAAGACCGGACUCCCCGUGCACGUGAACGCGUACUUCGAACUCAGCAGCAACCGCAGGGACAUUUGGUUCGGAGGCGACAUGUCCGGCGGCGGCGCGGCGCGAAGCGAGUGGAACCAAGCCCUGCUCGAACGCGUCGUCGCGCCGGCGUACGCCCGGCUCGUCGCGAUCGCCGCCGCGACGCUCGGCCCCGGCCCGAGGUUCUACGACUUGCUCCCGCGCGCGACACCGCCGCCGCCGUGGCGCGUCGUCGUCUCGACGCUGUGCGUCGCCCUCGCUGACGAGAAGGUGAUACACACGCGCGCGCUGGGGGGGAAGUGGAUCACGCCGCGGGAGGCGACGUAUCCGGACGCGGAGCUCGAGACGAACGUCGACUUACGACUCGCACUCGUGGACGAGGGCGUCCUCGUCGCGGACGCGCCCGCCGCGAUAUUAGAUCGAUUCGAGGAGCACGCGAUCGCGGACCCGACGCGGGCGUCGCCGAACGGCGCGCGGCGGAUGCUACGCGAAAAGGGCCCGACGACGCGACCGCGCGCGAGGGUCCUGACGCUCUUGCGGUACGUCCUCUCGGACGUCGUCGACGACGACCCGACCUCCGCGGCGUGCCUGGAGGGCGUCCCGCUCGCGCCGCUCGCGGACGGCGGCGCGGGGAUGAUCACGCCCGGCGGCGUCGGCUCGCCCGCGUUGUACGUGCCCACGGAGGAGGAGACUCAUUUGCUGACGCGCGCGACGGACGUCUGCGUCGACCGAGACGCGGACGCGGCGUUGACGUCCCGGAUGGAGACGCUGGCGGCCACGGGGGCGCUGAACUUCGCGCGCGUGGACGACGACGCGCUGCUCGCGCUGAUGCCGCGGAUCGUCCCGCCCGCGUGGGGGUUGAAAUCGAAUCGACGCGCUCGAUGGACGCCGGGGGAAAACGGCGACCCGUCCGAGGAGCUCCUGUCGCGGCUGUGGAGACGCCUCGCCGCGGUGCGCGCGGGACGUCUCGCGAAGUUCGAGCGAUGGACGAUGCUCCCGGUCGUGGGGUCCUCGGACGACGACGACGCCGACGCCGCGCGCGCGCUCGCGCCCCUCGGCGCCGCGGUCGUGACGCCGCGCGGGCUGAGCGCCGACGCAGUGGACGCGCUCGGUCGCGCCGACGUGCACGUCCUCGACGCGUCCUCCGUCGCCGGCGCCGCCGCCGCCGCGCAUCCGGACGUCGGCGCGUUCGCGAUGCCCUCCUCCGGCGCGGGCCUCCUCGACGCGCUCGCGGCGGCGCGGUCGGGAGGCACGGGGACGGGGCCCGGGGGCGUCGAGUUUUCGCGUCGAGACGCCGCGGCGCUGCGGAGCGCGCUGUUACAGCGGAGGUGGUUCGGGCAACGCGCGAGGGCGGGGCCGGAAGGCGACGCGGGGACGCCGUCGAGGAUCGCGACGCUUCGCGGGUUGCGGAUAUUCGAGGUGUAUCCGGCGACGGCGGCGGCGACGUCGUCGACGGGCGCCGCGGAAGAGGAGGAAGAAGAGGAAGGAGAAGAAGGAGAAGAAGGGGAAGGGGGCGCGACGCGCGACGGGCGCGUCGGCGACCUCCUGUCCCUGGACGAAGACGCCGGCCCGUCGCUGCGACUCGCGCCGCGGAACGUCGCCGCCGCGCUCUUGACGCCGACGUUUUUGCGCCCCGACGACGACGAAGAGUCCGCGGUGCUGGAGACGAACCUCUCCGUCGACCGACUCACGAUGCCCGCGUUCAUACGCGGCCACUUCCUGACGCGCCUGCGCGAGAUCCCCGCGCGCGCGAGGAACCGGUUCGCGCUCGAGGCGACGCGGUCGCUGCCGUCGCUCGCGCUCAUCGAUCGCGGCGUCGCCGACGCGCUCGCGCGCGCGCCGUUCGUGCCCACGCCGUCCGGGCAACUCGCGGCGCCGAUGCAUCUGUACGACCCCAGGGUGCACGAGCUCGUCGAGCUGCUCGACGCGUCCGCGAGCUUCCCGUCGGCGCCGUUCGACGACGACGCGGCGUUGGACGGGCUCCAUCGGCUCGGUCUCCGGACGACGGUGACGCGGGCGGCGGUGCUCGACGCCGCGAUGGCGGCGGAGCGUCUGCUCGAGGAGGGCGACGGCGACGGCGCCGCGGCGCGAGGCGCCGCGGUGCUGCGGUAUUUAGAAACGCCCGACGGCGCGCGGUUACUCGCGCCGGAAACGAACGCGGCCCCCGGCGCGAAAGUGAAGAAGAUGUUCGGGAAGGUUUUCGGCGGCAAGAGCGCGACCAAGGAAGGAGGAAAGCACGCGGCCCUUGGGUCGGAAUCCGCGGCGGGCGACGCGCUCGCGGCGAGCGCGCCGCCGGAGCUCCCUCGAGACGCGUUCGUCGCCGCGCUCUCCUCCAUCGCGUGGGUCCCCGUCGCGACGACGCCGCUGUCGCCCCGCGAGCACCCCGGGCUCCCGUGGCCGUCGGACCCCCCCGCGACGGCGCCGCCGCGGUCGACGCGGCCGCCGUCCGACGCGUGGCUGUGCAGCGCCUCCAUGCGCGUGCUGACGCGCGAGCCGCAGUCCGCGUCGCUCGCGGACGCGCUCGGAUGGCGCGCGCCGCUGUCGCCGGCGGUGCUCGCGGACCAGCUGUGCGCGCUCGGGGAGGCGCACGCGGUCGUCGCCGACGCCGCCGUCGGACGCGCGCUCGCGGCGGCGGUGCCGCGCGUGUACGCGUUGAUGACGGCUGCGCUGAACCACGCCGACUUCGCCGCCGCGGAGCGAAAGGCGCGGACGCGCGCCGUCGUGUGGGUCGGCACCGGGUUCGCGCGCGUGGACGCGGUCGCGUUUGCGGGCGCGCUGGACCUCGCGCCGUACUUGCACGUCCUGCCCGCGGACUUGACGUGCUUCCGUCCGCUGCUCACGGCGCUCGGCGUGCGAGACGCGUUCGCGCCGCGCGAUUACGUCGGGCUUCUUCGCCGGCUCGCGCUCGACCGCGGCGCGACGCCGCUCGACGCGCGCGCGCUCGACCUCAGCCUCUGGGUCCUCGGCGUCCUCGCGGACCGCCCGCACGCGCAGUGGACGGGCGAGAUCGAGCGCGACGGCGCGUUGCCCGUCCCAGACGUCGGCGGCGUGCUGCGCGGCGCGGACGACGUGCGCUUCAACGACGCGCCCUGGUUGCACGCGCCCGAGGGCGUGACGCUGUCGCACCCGAAACUCCCGUCCUCCACCGCGGAGGCGGUGGGCGUGCGGUCGCUCCGGUUAGCGCUGCUCGCGGAGAGUUCUGAGGACAUCGGCGUGCACUUGCACGGCACCGCGCAGGCGUUUGGGCAAUCCGAAGCGCUCACGACGCGUCUGAAGCACAUUUUGGACGCGUACGCCGACGGGCCGGGGGUCAUCUCCGAGCUCGUGCAAAACGCGGACGACGCGGGCGCGUCCGAGGUGCGUCUGAUGCUCGACAUGCGGACGGGCGGGAGCAAGUCUCUGCUCGCGCCGAAGCUCGAGCGGUGGCAGGGCCCCGCGCUCGUGGCGUGGAACGACGCGGUGUUCUCGCCGGCGGACUUUCAUAACAUCGCGCGCAUCGGUCAAGAUUCGAAGGUGGACCGCCCCGCCGCGGCCGGGCGGUUCGGUCUCGGGUUUAACGCGAUCUAUCACUUCACGGACCUGCCGUCGUUCGUGUCCGGGGAGUAUCUCGUGAUGUUCGACCCGCACGCGACGCACUUGCCGGGCGCGACGGCCGCGCGGCCGGGUCUGAAAAUCGCGUUCGCGGACUCGCCGUUGCUUCGACAAUUCCCGGAUCAGUUUUCCACGUAUCGCGGGCACUUCGGAUGCGACCUUUCCAAAGCGUACGACGCGACGUUGUUCCGGUUCCCGCUGCGCACGGAGACGGCGGCGAAGUCGUCGGAGAUUAAACCGGAGGCGUACACCGUGGACGCCGUCCUCGCGCUGUUCGAGCAGUUCCGAUCGCGCGCGGCGCAGACGUUGCUGUUUCUGAAAAACGUUCGUAAGAUUAGCGUGUACGAACGCGACGCGGACGCCGACGAGCCGACGUUGCUGUACGAGGCGAGCAUCCCGUCGUUCCAGGACGGGAAGGACCCUCGCGCGACCGUGCUGCAGUGGGUCGCGGGUGACGUGUCGCUCGGUCGUGACGACACGUCAGCGUCACGCGCGACCGUCGCGACGUCCGCGGUGAAGAAGAGCGCGUUCGCGGACAAACUUCGCGCGAUGCCCGAGAGCUCGUUGCCUUCGAGCGUGGGGUGGAUGGACCUCGUCGUGCGACAACGCCAACGCGGCGGGUCGCUUUGCGACAGUAAAGAGCGGUGGAUGGUGAGCAGCUCGCUCGCGGGCGGACGCGCGCGCGCGCUCGCGUUGUCCGAAGCGGGCGUGACGCGCGGGCUAGUCCCGUGGGUCGGCGUCGCCGCGAGGGUGCCGCAUCCGGAGACGUCGGACGACGCCACGUCAUCGGAAACGGUCGAUGGGCGCGCGUUUUGUUUCCUCCCGCUCCCGGUGAAGACCGGACUCCCUGUGCACGUGAACGCGUACUUCGAACUCAGCAGCAACCGGAGAGACAUAUGGUUCGGCGGCGACAUGUCCGGCGGAGGCGCGGCGCGGAGCGAGUGGAACGGCGCGCUCCUCGCGGACGCCGUCGCCCCCGCGUACGCGUCGCUCAUCGCCGCCGCGGCGACGUCCCUCGGCCCGCGCGCGGCGUACUACUCGCUCUUCCCGACGAACACAUCGCUUCCGCAGCCGUGGUCGCUCGUGCUCUCGCCGUUGUUCGCGGCCUUGAGCGGGCUCCCGUGCGUGCGCGCGAUCGACCCGACCGCGGACGCGCGCCUCCUCGCGUCGUCGUCGUCGUCGUCGUGGGUCGCGCCGCGCGCCGCGUUCUUCCCGGACCCCUCCGUCGAGACCCCUCCCGAUCUCGCGGCGGCGCUGCGCGCGGUGGGCGUGCGGCUGAUCGACGGCGCGCCCGCGGACGUGAGCGCGGCGUUCGCGACGCAUUGUCCGAGCGUCGCGCGUCGGAUGUCCCCGGCGGCGGCGCGCGCGAUUUUGAAGGAUGCGAAAUCGAUGAGACGGCACCCGGCGCUGGACGACUCGGCGCACGUCGUCGCGCUGCUGCGAUACUGCGUGAGCGACGUCGACGCGAGCGACGCGGCGACCGCGGCGGACCUGGACGGCGUGCCGCUGAUUCCGCUCGCGAACGGCGCGCGCGGCGCGUUCGCGGCGCGCGGCGGCGUUCGCGGCGGCGACGACGACGCGGAGGAAGAAGGAGGACGAAGCGAGACGUAUUAUUUCAUGCCGCGCGCGUCCGAGAUGUCGCUGUUGCGUCCUCGCGCGUCGGACGUGCUCGUCGACCGCGACGUCCUCGGCGAAUCGCUCGCGCGCGCGCUGACCGACAUCGUCGCCGGCGCGACGGGGAAGGCGCUGAACGUGCGCGCGAUCGACGCGCCCUCGCUGCAGUACUUGAUGCCGAAGAUCCUCCCCCCGGAAUGGCGCGGCGGCGGCGGCGGCGGCGGCGGCGGCGUCGCGUGGAACGCCGACGGGUCAGACGGGCACCCCACCGCGUCGACCCUCGCGCUUCUGUGGACGCGGUUCGCCGCGAUCAGCCCGAAAUCGCUCGCGCACUUCGAAGGGUGGCCGCUGCUCCCCGUCGGCGGCGGCUGCGCGCGCGGCGGCGCGAGGCUCGCGACGCUGACGCCGCACGGUCCGUUGGUCCGCGGCGAGGGAUGGACGGAUUCGGGAAGAGACGCGCUGGACGCGCUCGGCGUCUCGCAGCUCGCGGAGGGCGAGGUCUCCGACGCGGCGACGACGCACCCGGCGAUCACGGCGUACGUCCGGCCCGCGUCCGCGUCCGGGGUGUUGGACGCCGCGGUCGCGGCGGCGGCGUUGGACCCGGAGACGCGCGCGGCGCGCGCGAACGACGACGGGUCGCCGCCGACGGCGGAGCAACGAUGGCGCGCGGCGGCGAGCGCGGUGCCCGCGCGCUUAGACGCGAGCGCGGACGCGGCCGCGCGGCGGGCACUUCGCGCGUUUCUGAUGCAGAGGCGGUGGUACGCGCGCGACGCGGUCGGGGGCAAGGUUGAAGGCGCGCGGCUCGACCUCGUGCGAUCGCUGCCCAUCUUCGAGACGCGCGGAGAGAACGAAAAGACGAACGAGAUCUCGGCGUCGGCCGCGUCCGCGUCCGCGUCCGCGUCUUCGUCAUCCGUCGUCGCGACGGCGUUCGCGCGCUUGGACGCGACGCCGCCGCCGCUCCUCGCGCCUGCCGGCGCGAACGUCUCGCUGCUCACUUCGAGUUUCCUCAAGGUGGACGACGACGCCGCCGCGGAUCUCUUGGAGACGUCGCUCGGCGCGCCGCGCGCGACGGUCGCGACGACGUUCGCGGAGCACGUCCUCCCCGCGCUCGCGUUGCGCCGUCUCCCUCCCUCGCUCGCGCGCGACGCCCUCGACGCCGCGCUCGACGCGCUCGCGCGUUCGAAGGCGUCGUGGACCGGCGGCGGCGACGCGGACGCGCUCGUUCGCGCGCUGCGCUCGUGCGCGUGCGUCCCCACGCGGAGCGGCGCGUUGGCGAAACCGGGCGCGCUCUUCGACGCGGAAAACUCGCCGUCGCUUCUCGCGCUGCUCGACCCCGCCGCGCACUUCGCGGCGCCGCCGUUCGACUCCGGCGAGCGCGCGGCGGCGCUCAGGGCGCUCGGCGUGCGCGCCAGUCUCGGCGCGGAAGGGUUGGUGCACAGCGCGAGGUCCGUGGAGCGACUGGCGGCGACCGCGGCGACGACGCCGGCGGCGAUCGCGCGCGGCGCCGCGCUCCUCGCGCACCUGAACGCGCUCGCGAGGGCGACCGCGGCGGGCGGGACGGACCUUCCCCCGGCCGGGGCGAUGCUCGAGUCCGAGUCAGGGUCCGACGGGUCCGCGACCCCCGCGCGGUCGUUGUGGAGGGAGCUCGGGUCGAUAUCGUGGUGCGUCGUGAUGACGUCGCCGCCGCACCCGUCGCUGCCGUGGCCGAACCGAGACGACGGAGGGAAAAAAGCGAUGCGCGCGCUGGCGCCGCCGCGCGCGACGCGGCCGCCGGAUGACGCGUGGCUCGCGUCGUCGUGCAUGCGCAUCUUGGACCUCUCGCUCGCGCUCGGAGUUGAGGACGACGAGGACGUCGUCGUCGAAGAGGCGACGGAGGCGGCGGCGGCGCCGCCGACGCCGACGCCGGCGGGUCUCACGCUCGCAGUGUCGCCGGAGGAGUCCUUCUCGAGAACCGACGAUGGACGCGCGACCGCCGGGAGCGUGCGGGAAGGCGUCUCAUCAGUCUCGCCGCCGACGCCGACGCUCGAGCCGCUGCUCGUCGAUCGCCUCGGGUGGAACGCGCUCAGCGCGACCGUCGUCGCGGCGCAGCUCCUGGAGCUCGGAAAGGCGCACGCGAUCGUCGACCGCGACUCGGAGCUCGCGAGAGAGUUCAACGCGCGGCUGCCGCGCGCGUACGCCCAGCUCGCCGCCGCCGCCGGCGUCGGCUCGGAAUCUUCGUCCUCCGAGCUCGAGGCCGCGGCGACGAUCCUCGACAGCGCGCGGUGGCUCUGGCACGGCGGCGGGUUCGCGGCGUCGGUCGACGUCGCGAUCGACUGCCCCGGCGACUUCCGGCCGUACCUCCACGGCGUCCCGUACGAGCUCUCCUCGCACGUUGGGUUGUUGAGAGCGCUCGGCGUCCGCGGGAGAUUCGACGCGGCGGAUUACGCGCGCGCGGCCAGGGCGGUCGCGGACGACGCGAACGGCGCCGCGCUGAGCGAAGAGCGCGUCGCGCUCGCCGUCGCGCUCGCGGAAGCCGCCGCGGAGUCGCUUCUCGCGCCGCCGGACGACGCGGAGGGCGACGGCGGGGAUGGAGAUCCGUACCCUUCGCCCCCCGACGUCGCGGCGGCGGCGAAGGCGAAGGCGAAGACGAUGCCCUCCUCCGCGGUGGUGGGAACGUUCAUGCUCCCGGACGGCGCGGGGGUGAUGGCCCCGGCGAGCGCGCUCGUGCACAACGACGCGGAGUGGCUCCUCGGCGGCGGCGACGCCGCCGACGACGACGACGACGACGACGCGAAGACUCGCGCGUCCUCCGGCGGCGUGGACGUCUCCGCGUUGCGUCUGACGCACCCCUCCGUCCCGUGCGCGAUCGCGGAGGCGCUCGGCGCGCGGUCGCUGCGCGCGCUCUACGCCGUGGAUAAGUCCUCGACGGACCGGCUCCCGUGCCCUUCCGCGGCGACGCUCAGGAGGCUCCUUCCCGCGUACGACGACCGCGCGCACGCGUUCAGCGACGUCGCGGAGGUGGCGGACGUCGUCUGCGCGCGCGGGUUGGAAAUUUCGCUCGAUCUGAAGACGUACAAAUCGCGGUCGCUGCUCUUGCCGCAGCUCGCGCAGUUCCAAGGCCCCGCGGUGACGAUUCGUCUCCCCGGCGUGAGCCUCGCCGCGGACGAGAUCGCGACGCUGUUGACCGCGGCCGCGCCGUUCAAGCUCAGGAAGCGCGCGAUUCGGUUCGGGAACGGGUUCGUCUCGUGCGUGCACUUUUCCGACGUGUUCACCGCGGCGACCGCGGGACAGCUGUGCGUGUUCGACCCGACCGGCGUCGCGCUCGGCGGCGGCGGCGGGGGAUCGUCGGGGGCGAAGAGAGACGAGCGCGCCGCCGGCGGCAGCGCGAAGGCGUACUCCUACGGCGCGAACGGCGAGCUCGCGGCGCGGUUCGCGGAUCAGUUCGCGCCUUUCGUCGCCGCGGGCUUGGACCCGAGUCGCGGCUCCGGGCUCGCCGCGGACUCGAUCGGGACCGUGAUUCGUGUGCCGCUGCGGACGAGGGCGCAGGCGGCGCGCGCGUCCGCGCUGAGCUCGAGGGCGUUCGACGUCGACGACGCGUGGGAGGUGCGAUCGAUGCUCGAGACGUUCGCCGCGAGCGCGCACAAGGUGCUGCUCUUCGCCGCGUCGUUAUCGCACGUCAGAGUCACCGUGCGGAACGCCCCGAGGGAGGACGACGCGGCGAGGGCGACGACGCGCGACCUCGACGGCGCGAUGAAAAACGCCGACGCGAACGAAGACGUGCUCGUGCACGCGAGCCUCUCCACGACGACGCCGUUCAAGCGCGCGUCGUCGACGUCGUCGUCGAGCGUCUCGGCGAACGCCGCGGGAGGGUUCUCUCAGAGCGGCGAGCGCGCGACGACGCCGAGGAACAUCGUGGACGACAAAGAGUGGCGCCGAGCGACGCUCACGACGCUCUUCGGCGGCGGGAACGCGACGCGAACGGCGCACGCGGUGGUCGUGAAGGAAAUCGCGGGGGACUCCCCGCUCGUGACGGACACCUGGGUCGUCGGCGCGGCCAUGGGCGUGGGACGCGCGCGCGACAUGGCGCUCGACAGGAAACACGCGCACAUGAUGUUUCUUCCUCUCGCGGCCGUCGCCGCGCACGUCCGGAGGGACGGCGCGGACGUCGACCCGUCGGCGCCGCCGCCGCCGCCGUCGGCGGCGCGGCUGGCCGCGUCAGCCGCGCGAUGCCGCGCGGACGGUCGGCGCGAGCCCGUCGUCCCGCGCGUCGGCGGCGGGUUGUGCGCGCCGUUCCCGAUGGAGGAACGGCGCGGGGGUGACGGCGACGGCGACGGCGACGCGAUGGAGCGCGCGCUGCGGCGAGCGCCCGCGGUGAUCGCCGCGCGGUUCGCGCUCGAACGCGGCGGCGGGCGAUCGCUCGCGCGCUUCACGGAAAAAACUCCGCGCGCGCCGUCCUCCCCCUCCUCCCCCGGGACGCAUUACGCGUCCACGACGGGGUCGUCCGAGCACGUGCGAAGAGAGUGGAACCGCGCGAUGUGCCAGUGCGUCGUCGCCGCGUACGCGACGAUGGUGCAGCACGCGCGGACCGCGUCGCCGACGCUCCCGGCGAAGACGUUUUACGGCUUGUGGCCGCGCGCGGAGAGCAUGGGUCUCCCGGCGCCGCCGGCGCUGAGAUCGGACGGGCGGCCGAUUCAAACCGCGGCGGCGGCGCGCGGGAACCAAACAAAAACCCACCCCGCGCUCGAGCUCGUCGUGUACCCGCUGUACCGCGAGCUCGCGGACGUCGCGCUGUUCCGCAGUUUAGGGAGCGCCGCGCUCGUCAAGCCCGCGGACGGGUAUUUUCUCCCAGCCGGAUUCGCGCCCGCGGCGGACGGCGACGCGUCCGCGUCCGCGUCGACGUGGUCGGGCGGGUUCGGCGACGGCGUCGCGCGGCCGCUCGCGGCGUCGUUCAUCGCGCGGCAUUUCCCCGUGUUGGACGCGCCGGCGUCGUUGCGGCCGGAGCUCGCCGCGGCGGGCGCGUGCGCGGCGGCGAAGGAGCUCACCGCGUCGUCGCUCCGAAAGUUGCUCAAGUCGAAACCGCCGCCGGACACGUCAACCGGGGGCGCCAACCUGGAAGCGCUGCGGACGCACGUCGAGCUCAUCGAGUGCGCGACGUCGGACGUCGUCGUCGCGGACGGCGCGGGAACCUCGGGGACCCCGGAAGACGGCGACGCCGGGGGCGCGCGAGUCCACGUCCAACAAGACAGCCUCUCCGGCGUGCUCUCCGCGAUGUCCUCCGCGGGGUUCCCUCUGAACGAGUGGCUCGACGCCGCGGGGCUCGGCGGCUCGGGAGGCGGCUCGGGAGGCGGCUCGCGCGCCGACGCCCGCGCGCCGCCGUCGGUCGCGGUCCUGAACCUCGCCGCGGUGCGCGAUCUGUCCGGCGUCCCCGUUCCCGUCGCGGGCGGCGGCGCGUCGUCGCUCGGGACGUCGCCGCUGUGGCUCGGCUCCGAGGACGUCGUCUCGCUCGUCCCGCGCCUCGCCCCCAAGUUCGUCUCCCCGACGCUGUCGGGAGGCUCGCGCGCGCUCGCGGCGCUGUUCUCACACCCGCAGUUCAGGCGCGUUCUAUACACUGGUUCCAAUACGACCGCGUCGGCGUGCGCGGAGCUGCGCGUGACGCGUUUCACCGCGCAUCAACUCGCGGCGGAGCUCCCGAACGCGUUGCCGCCGCGUCUGUCGCCCGCCGCGUGCGCGCGACAACCGCUCGUGACGUGGCCGUCCUCGUCCGUCGGCGCUCCCGCCGGGGCUGGCGCCGGCGCCGGGAGAGACGCGCUCGCGGGGGAUGAGAUGCAGCCGAGCGCGAGAUGGAUGCGCGCGUUCUGGCGGGAGGUGGCGCGCAUGGACGAGGAGAACCCCGGCGCGAUCGACGCGUUCGCGUCGUGGCCGCUCGUCCCCGUGCUCGGCGGCGAGCUCGUGCGAGUAGGGCACAGAGCCGCGGUCGUCGCGCCACCCGCGGGGGCGGUGGGGGCGCCGAGUCUGCGUCGAGCGCGAGCGCGCGCGGACGAUGCGGCGCUCGGGUUGACGUCGCCGCAGUUCCCAGCGCACCCGCUGUCCGACGACGACGACGACGCCGACGACGACGACGCCGACGACGACGACGCGCGUCGACCGGGCACGUUCGCGUCGCUCUUAAUCGCGGACGCUGCGAGAGAGAGGCGGGCGCGGUUAGGCCCGGGCGGCGCGAGCGCCGCCGCGCCGCAACCGCUCCUGGAGCAGUGGGACUGGCUCGCGCCGCUUCUGCGCGACAUCGGCGCGCCGACGCUGGACGUCGCCGCCGCGGGCGAGGCUGCCGCGAGAGCCGUCGACGCCGCGCGCCCCGCCGCGCCCACCGCGGCGCUGCGCACCGCCGCCGACGUCGUCGCGUUUAAGGCGCAGCAAAUCAAAUCGUGCCUCGGCGGCGGGCGACCGUCGUUCGCGUCCGUGACGGACGCGCAGCGCGAGCGCUUAUUCCAACUCUUCGCGUCGCAGCACGCGUCCUCCGGGUUUGCCGCGUCCGGCGAGGGUCUGGAGACGAUGCGUUCGCUGCCGAUGUUCACCGCGGCAAACGGCGAAAAGGUUGACGUCGCGUCCGGGGAGUACGUCACGUGCCCGCCGGGCGUCGCGUUCGCGGAGACCCUGUCGCGGUUCGGCGGCGUGCUCGAACACAGAGCGUCGUCUCGGGAUCUGUACGCCGCGCUCGGGGUUCCCGAGCUGUCGGACGCGGACGUCCUCGCGCGGUUCGUCGCGCCGUCGUUGCGAGACAUGGCCCCGGAGGCGCGUCGAGACGCGCUGGCGUACGUCCGGAAGCACUGGCAUCGGCUGAGGGACGACGACCCGCUGUGUCGCGCGUUGGGCGCCGCGAAGUUCGUGGACGUCCUCCGCGACGACGGUGGCGAAGGCGACGACGACGGCGGCGACGACGACGACGGCGUCGAGCUGAAAUCGCCCGGGGAGCUGUACGACCCGGAGGUUGAGCUUCUCGCCGCGGUGUUCCGCGGGCAGAGCGGGUGCUUCCCGUCGCGGAAGUGGUCGACGCGCGCGUGGCUGCCGAUGCUUCGCGACGUCGGUCUGCGGUCCGCGGUGGACGCGACGCUGUUCCAGCUGUGCGCGACGCGCGUCGCCGCGCGGGCGAUAAGCCUCGGGAUCGCGCACCCGCGGUCGCGGCACGGCGACGGCGACGGCGAGCUCGGUCCGGGAAGACGGAAGCGUUUCGUUCCGCCGCCGCCGCCGCCGCCGCCGCCGCCGCCGGAGCUCGCCGCCGCGGUCGACCCGCCGUCCUCCGCGGACGCCCCCUCGCCGCUCGUCACGACGAUCGACGAUGACGAAGAGCUCGAAGACGCGCGCGCGAGCUCCGAGAGAGAAGCCGGCCUCGUCAUCGCCGCGGGCGCGAUGCUCGCGUCGCAUCUCUCGAAGCACGCGGCGGACCUGUACAACGCGCCAAACGGCUGCGAGGCGCUCAUCGACGUCCCGUUCGUCCCCGCGCGCCUCGGCUACCCCGGCGCCCCGGGGCCCGGCGCGGCCGGGUGCAACGUCCUGUGCGCGUACAACGACGCGACGCCGCCGGACGCGUGGCGGCUGUCGUUCGCGUGCCGGCCGACGAUCCCCGACGCGUUCGCGCCGCCGUCGUACGCGAUGCAUAAGUUACGCAUGAAAUCCCGGCCGGGCGUCGCCGUCGUCGUCGAGCACUUGCUCGCGCUGGGCGCGGCCCCGCGCGACGGCGGCGGCGCCGCGGCGUUCACGACGCGGUGGACGGCGUGCGCGGGCGAGGGGCCCGCGGAGGUCGUCUCCGUCGCGAUCGAGGAGCUCGCGCGGCACUUCGACGCGCUCGAGUCCAGGGAUGUCGCGGCGUUGAGACGCGCGGCGUUCAUACCCGUCGGCGGCGGCGUCGCCGCGGAGUCGCCGUGCCGCGUGUUUCUUCGCUCGAACGCCGCGCUCGCGCCGCUCGCGCACGAGCUUCCGGCGACGCUCGCGCAACACGCGGGGGUGUUGCGGAAACUCGGGAUCAGAGAGCAGCUCUCUCGCGCGGACGCGCGAGGGGUGUUGCGAGACGCCGCCGCGAACGCGCGAGGACGCGCGUUGGGGCCGAACGAACUCCGCGCCGCCGUCGCCGCGCUUCGUCUCGCGACCGGCGCCGGGGACGACGACGACGACGACGACGACGAUCGCGCGGGUCGAACGACCCUGUGCCCACCCCCCGCGGACGAUCUUCCCACCCCGGACGCGUUCGGCGUGCUCGCGCCGGCGUCUUCGCUGCUGCACGCGUGGCGCGCGGAUCGCGCGACGCUCUCGAGGGUGGAUCGAACGAAAGUGCGUCUAUCGCAUCCGCUCGUUCCCGCGUCCGUGUGCGUCGCCGCGGGCAUACGCGCCGCCGCGGACGCGGUGUGCGAGGUGCGGUACCUCACCGCGGACGAGUUGAGGGAGCUCAGACGCGCGGAGGCGUUGGCCGCGCUCGAGCGCGACGUCGGCGGCGGCGGCGGCGGCGGCGGCGGCGGCGGCGAGGAAAACGACGACGACGACGACGCCGGCGGCGCGGCGACGACGCGCGGGGGAUACCACGCCGUCGACGCCGGCGCGGACGUCCCGGACGAGUCCCUCCUCCCGAACCCGCCGCUGCCUCCCCCUCCCGCGCCCGCGGCGCCGAGCGCGUCGUGGCCGGCCGCGUCGAUCGCGGCGAAACGUCUGUCGUCCCCCGAGUUCGCCCCCGCGCUCGCGCGCGUCCUCACGCGAUCCUCCUCCUCCUCCUCCUCUUCGACGCGUCCUCCGCCGUCGCUCGACGACCUCGCGUCGCGCCUUCGCGCCGCGAGCGACGCGCUGACGAUCGUCCCGUCGCUCCGCACGAUCCUCGUCGUGAAGUCCGCGUCCGGUGUAGCGUCCGACGACGCGGACGUGACCCGCGGCGGUCCCACGACGCGGUGCGCGUUUUACGACGUCGCGUCGCGGACGCUGUUCGCGUCGCCGCCGAGGGAUCCCGGCGUGCAGUGCGCGCCGCUGCUCGCGCCCGCGGUGACGCGCGCGCUCGGGUUAGAGGACGCGACGGCGACGCCGGCGAUCGCCGCGCUGUUGGCCGCCGCGGACGGGAAGGUGAGCGCGACGGCGGCGGCGUUGACCGGCGGCGGCGACGACGACGGCGGCGACGACGGCGACGACGACGGCGGCGGCGGCGGCGACGACGGCGGCGACGACGCGAACGCGAAGAAGAGGAACGACGCGUCGAGGGCGCGCGCCGCGGACGCCGCGCCGUGCGACGCGAGCGCGCGCGGCGAGCCCGGGGCGAUCGUCACCGCGAGCGACGCGGAGCUCCUUCGCGCGCGCCCGACGCGGCCGCUGCUCGCGGGGGAGAUUUGCGCCGUGCGCGUCGCGCGGUCGCCGGCGGACGCGGCGGCGGCCGCGGCGACCGCGCGCGCGGCGCGCGGCGGCGCGGCGCGAGCGAACAGGACGGAUGAUUUCAUGUACGCGCGAGUGCGCGCGGACGCGAAGCCCGCGCCCGGGGAGGCGCUCGCGCGCGUCGCCGUGGAGACGUCCCCCGGGGUUGUGCGCGAGCUGUUAUCCUCGGAGGUGUUCACGUUCGGUCUGUCGUCCGAGGGCGGCGCCGGGGACGGGGACGGGGACGAGGACGAGGACGCGCGCGCGCCGCCGCCGCCGCCGCCGAACGAGAUCGCCUCCGACGCCGACGGCGACUCCGACGACGCCGACGGCGACUCGAACGACGCCGCGAGCGCCGCGAACGCCGCGGGCGUCACCGCGGACGAGCUCAUCGGCGCCGUGCGCGACAUGCUCCAGGCCGCGGGCGCGCCGCCGACCCUGGAGCAGACGACGCUCCUCGCGUCGCAGUUGAAGAUGAAAGCCGACCUCGCCGCCGCCGCCGAGGCGGCGGCGACGGCGAGGCGGGAGACCGCCGCCGUCGCGGCCGCCGCGGAGACCGCGGCGAAGGCGUUCCACUGCCCGAUCACGCAGUCCGUGAUGAGAGACCCGGUGAUCGCCGUGGACGGGCACACGUACGAGAGACGCGCGAUCGAGGAGUGGUUCUCGCGCGGGCGCUCGACGUCGCCGGUGACGAAUUUGCGCGUCUCGAGCACGACGCUCAUCGCGAACCACGCGCUGCGGGGGGUCAUCGCCGCGUACGAGGCGCGCGGGUUGACGCUCGACGCGUGA